CCAAUGAUUUCAAGGUGCAUUCCGAGAGACAGGUCUUGUCAAGUUGUCUAACGAAAACCAAUAAGGUGAUGUCGUAAAAUAGGCGAUGAGUCGGCACCGAACAUCCUCUCCUUCUCUAAUCCCUUGAGCUGCUCCACCUCACUCUUUAAAACCCUAAAUGCACCCCCAAUAUCAAGCCCAACAUCGCAAUCCAAUUCAACCAAAAUUUCCAAAACAGACUCGAGCGCCGAGACCACGCGAGGGUGAGCACCACCGGCAAGCUCAACGAGGUCGACAGAGUCCGGCGAGGUCUUGUACCCCGGCCUCUGCAAAGGCGAGAACCAGCGCUGUUGGGGUUUCAUUCGCAAGGUCUACGGCAUCUCUUAUCGGCUCAGUUUCUCUUGACCACCGUACUGUAUACUCUGGUCAACGAUCUCCUCAAGGGUAGCCCUGGUCUUCUCAUACUACGGCAUCUUGUGGUGUUUAAUGGUAAUUUAGCCAUUAUGCGUGUAAAGGUUGUAGAUUGAUGGCGGUUUUGGAUUGUUCGAAUUUGAGAUUGAAGGUUGUCGAUUGAUGGCGGAGAUACAACCAGGAGAUCGAAGGUAAAUGAAUUUGAGCUCAAGGAGGCUUCCUCCGAUGGACUACCACCACCGCAAGGAGACUCGGCCUUCCUCUCCGCCACUCUCGCCGGCUUCUUCAUCCUCAGAAACCCCAAUUAACUCCGUCCUCGAAAUAUUCCGAAAGUACCUCAGAAUCGUCGAUGACAUCGAAUGUCGAUAUGUCGAGCCAGUUGAAUUCCCAACUCUAGACGAAGAACAGUUAAGACGCAUCCGUAAUUCACAAACAGUAUAUUCAUCCCUUUCCGAGCUUCCCCGAGAUAUUCCACGUGGAGUCCUUCUGGGUAAUCUUGACAUACGGAAGGAUCCAGUUGAACGACGUUUUAAAUUUUCAAUUUCGCGCGACUGGCAACCUAUCAUGAUAGAAGAAAAAACACCAGGAGCUUAUAUAUACGUUGUGACUGAACGUUUGGCACGGUCGGAGAGGGCAUUGGAUGAACUCUCGGAGGUUGUAGAAGAAAAAACAGUGCUGCCAAUAUUCCACGGUGUUGAUCCCUCCGAUGUACGACAUCAAACGGGAAGUUUUGCACAAGCCUUUGCAGACCAUGAGAUAAAGUACAAGGAUGACCCACAAAAAGUAAAAAGGUGGAGAGCUGCUUUAACCAAACUGGGAAAUCUUUCAGGCUGGCAUUCAAAGGGCUGUCACGAAACAAAACUCAUUCAAGACGUUGUUGAUGAGAUACGGUGGAAAAUACAAUUUUCAAAACCUGCCAUUAGAAAUCUGCCAUCAACACCUUCUUGGUCUUCUUCUUAUCGACGAAAGCAUGAUGUCUUUCUAAGCUUUAGAGGGGCGGAUACCCGCUUGGCAUUUAUGGGCCAUCUACAUGCUGCAUUAAUUCACUGGGGAAUUUCGACCUUUAGAGAUGACAUAGAUCUUGAGAAAGGAAAGUCCAUUCGCAAACAACUCGACAAAGCAAUUGAGGGAUCAAAGGUUUGGGUUGUCAUCGUUUCACCAGACUAUGCUUCUUCAAAAUGGUGCUUGAACGAGCUUUUGAAGAUUCUUGAAUGUAGAAAAGCAUCUAAAGUGGGAAGGAAGAAUGAAACUUUGAUGAAGCCAUCUGCAGAAUAUGAAGAACAAGCUCAUACUCUGGUGAAUGGACACAAAACACAUAAGGGGAAGGCUAGUUUGCGGAACAAGCAGGAAAACAUCACUAAUCAUAAUAAAAGGGAAAUGGGUGAGUUCAGACUUGGCGUUACCUAUGGCGGAAAGUGGGUUGAUUCUGUUUACAUAGGUGGUAGGACAGAAGAAAUAGUGGUUUCAGAAGACAUUACUUAUAGUGAGCUUCUAGAUCAACUGUAUCAUAUUGUUGGAGUACAUCCAACUGAAAAUGAGAUCAAGAUCAGUACGAUCGAUGAAUCAAAAUCACCGGCUUAUCCUGUGGAGAUAAUCAAUGAUGAUGACCUCAAAAAUUUUAUUGAUCAAAGCCUUUCUUCCGACGUGCGCUUGAAGCAUCCAUUGCGAAAUUCCUCUAGGAGCAGGAGUAUUCAAGUUAGAGUUUUGGUUAACCAUGAUGGAGAGUGGGUGAAUUCUACAUAUGUUGGUGGCAAAACGAAAGGAAUAAUAAUCCCAGAGGACAUUACUUAUCAAGAACUUGUUGAUAGAGUGUGUGGUGUUGUGGGAGUUGAUCCAAAUGAAUAUAAGUUGAUUAUGAAGACUGCAUAUAAAUCAAAUCUCCCUACUCAACCUGUGGAGAUAAUCGAUGAUGAAGGCCUUGCAUUUUUCAUCCAUGAUGAGAAUCUUUCACUGGGUAUGAGCUCCAUAUUUACUUUGUGCACUACUCUUGAACGACGGGCAUUUCCUAAUGGACGAAUGGAAUCCUCACAUAGUGGUACACCACAUCUCAGAAGAUUUGGGACCUCCCCGAGUUGCGUUCAUUAUGUGACACCUGAUCAGGUGCCUCAUCUUCAUACUCAAGUUGGACCAUCGUCACCAAAUGUGCCUUGUAUGCAGCAGCAGCAGCAACAACAACCUUUCUACCAGCAACAACAACAACAACAACAACAACCUUUCUACCAGCAACAACAUUCUUUCCAACAGACGACGUUGCAGCCUUGCUACGAGCACUAUCAGCCAUCCGUUCAGCAGCCACAGCCUCUGUACCAACAACUUCAUCCUUCCUACGUGCAGCAGCAGCAAUCUCAGUACCAACAGCUGAAUCCUUCCUACAUGCAGCCGCUGUCACCAAUUCAUCAUGUGCCUUACUCGCUCAAGAUGUUCUGGAAUGAUGCAACCCGAAUAUUUCAAGAUUUGAACUUUUGGCAAUUUAGUUUCAUCAUGAUGUUAUUAGGAAAUAUCUUCUAUUUCUUAAGGCUUUGUAGAAACAAUUAGUAAAGUUUGGUGAAAAAAAUCAAAGAAUCAUUUGAUGAUAUUUAUUCUAUGAGUUUUUCUAUUCA